AUGGCACUUGGAGAUUCCCAAAUGGUGGGGAUCCCCAAGAAACCUGUCCCUGGAGAUGCCCACCAACGCUCCCCCAGCCAUGACCCUGCGUCCUGGAAGUUUCAGCUCCUGGCCUGCCCUGAGGUGAGGGCAUUAGACGAACAUGUCCUGCAGCUGGCACCGAGGUACCUGCGGAGCGAGUGCAGCCAGAUGCAGUGGCUGAUGCUCAAUGCCCUCAUCACCACCUGCGACGAGCCCUCGAAGGCCAAAAGCAUGUGGAUCCUGCAGGAAAGCCUCCUGGAGCUACUGCAGGACCUAGAUGACGAGGUGGUCGAAACGAACCUCUCCUUGCUCAAAAUGAUGCUCCAGGCUGCCAACAGCCCAGUUUGCAGCACCCUCGUUCUGGAGCUGACUGGGAGGCUCCAGCCACUCUUUCACCACACCACCAGCAGUGUGCAGCUGCUCUCCCUUGAGCUCUUCCAACGUCUGAUGCAGUCUGUCAACAAAAAGGAAAGACAGCCGAUGAAGACACGGGUGUAUGAGAACGUGAUCGAACUGCUCUGCCUCCUGCAUGCCGAGAGCCCGGAGGUGGCAGAGGCCUCUCGGGUAACCCUGCUUGGAGCUGCCGCCUUCCUGAAGAAGAGGAGGCUCAGAAAGCUCCCAGAGAAGAGGAAGACAUUGGAAGUGGGCAAGUACCUGCUGUCAGGGUGCGGCAGCAGAGCCGCGCACUAUGUGCAGCAGGCAGCGCGGUGCCUUUGGAGCCAUCAGCAGCCGAUACGAGAGGCGGCCGUCAGGUUCCUGGGUGAGACACAGCCCCUGUCCCUCCCUGCCCCGCUGCAGCUCGGCCCCAGCCCCGGCUGUGGCGCGGCCGCAGGAAUCAGCCGCGUGGCUGCGGAGCCGCGAGUGCCCGGUGCAGGGCCCUGGCGCCCGCGGGGCUCCCUGCGCCCUGUGCCAGCCCUGCCCUGCGCCUGGCGCUCGCUCGCCCGGGGAAGAGCCUGGGCUCAGCCCUGCCAAGGGGAGGGGGGCGUGUGGCCGGGCUGCAGGGACCUGUGA